AUGGCCACCGAUUUAGGAGCAUGGCUGCCAUUCGCGAGGGCGGCCGCUGUCGGUUUGGCUCCUUUAGCAACGUCUACGAUGCCACCUCCGCCAGAAUCGCCAAAAAACGACGAGCGAGUUACCAUCAAUGUUAGUGGGAGGCGGUUUGAAACAUGGCAAAAUACGUUGGCGCGAUUCCCGGAAACUCUGCUUGGAAGUGACGAAAAGGACUAUUUUUUCGAUUCGGAAACAAAAGAAUACUUCUUCGAUCGAGAUCCGGACCUGUUCCGCCAUGUCUUGAAUUAUUAUCGCAAUGGAAAGCUGCACUACCCGCGGGGAGAAUGUGUGUCUUCCUUUGAAGACGAACUUUGUUUCUUCGGCAUUUCUGAAGAUGUGGUACACGAUUGUUGUUGGGAGGAUUUUCGUGAAAGGAAGAAAGAGUGUGAAGAAAGAAUUUUCGAACCUGAUAAACUGGAAGAUGGUUCACAGAAUGGGGAAGAAAACACUGAUUCUACAAUUCGCGAGAAGAUGUGGACCGCUUUUCAAAAUCCGCAAAGCUCGCGGCCAGCCACUUUGGCAUACUACAUAACAGGUUUCUUUAUUGCUGUUAGUGUGAUCAGCACGGUGGUAGAAACUCUUCCAACAGACGAUGGGAAAACUUUUGGGGAGGCCAAUCAACAGAUUUUUUUCUCGAUGGAAACAGCUUGUGUUAUAGUGUUUACUGUUGAGUAUAUGGCGCGUUUGUAUGCAGCUCCUAACCGAUUCAAGUUCGCUCGAGAUCUAAUGAGCAUAAUAGAUGUGGUAGCUAUAUUACCUUUCUAUGUUGGACUCUUUAUGCCAAAUAAUUCUAUAAGUGGAGCAUUUGUGACCCUGAGAGUAUUUAGGAUCUUCAGAAUAUUCAAAUUUUCAAGGCAUUCAAGAGGACUCCGCAUCUUGGGUUAUACACUGAAGAGUUGCGCGUCUGAGUUGGGCUUCCUGUUGUUUUCGUUGUCGAUGGCAGUAAUAAUUUUUGCGACAGUUAUGUACUAUGUAGAAAAGGUAGUCCCUAAUACCAAGUUUACAAGUAUUCCUGCGAGUUUUUGGUACACGAUUGUUACAAUGACUACACUAGGGUAAGUUCAAUUCUAUUUCUAAUGCUAUGUUAACUUAGAUAAUCCAUGUACAUAUAAAAGUUUGUUCAGAACAUUUUAUGCCUUAUCCUGAGAGGGAAAGCUCUUCUGUGAGAGAACUUUGUAUUACUUUAUGAAUUAACAGCUACAGUGUUCGUUCGAAGAUGCCUUUUGUAUGUUCGUUAUAUUUUUUGCACGGGACGUAAUCUUGGAGUUUAAUCGGAAUGCAGUUAUCAAGUAUCUAACAGUUUUGUGCACUGACACAGUCGUAUGCCGGGUCGAACGUGCAUAUUUAUCGCAGGCUAUCACAGAUCUCCUCUCAAAUCUGCUUUCAUUUAAACUUUUGUUUACAUCCUAGUAUUGGGUUCGAACGAAUCUUCAAUUCACCAUAGAAAACAUUUAUUUAGGUUGCAUAUGUGUAUAUUUCUUUCUUUCUGCUUUCGGCCAUUUCUUAUUGAUGACUCUGCGAUCUUAAACUAAGAACAUGUUGUUCAAUGCCUUGAGCUACGCUUGAAGCCGUUUUUCCCGCCAGUUUUUACUUCCGUGGCGAAAGGGAAAAAAUUCCCUUUGUUAAAAAUUUUGUAUUAGAAGAUUUUUCUUUAUUCUGAUAUGAAUUGAGCUGGAUACUUUUACAACAACAAUAUUGCUAUGUCUGCUGUUGGUGUAUGUUUACACUUAAUUCUCAAGUGGACGAUUUCGGAUAACUACACAGUUUCCGUUUUUCUGGUGAAGAGAAACUUGAGUCGACAUCACACGGUGUAUUUGUGGUCUUCAACUUGAUAACGUUGCGAUAAUUCUUAAAUGAAUUAAGCUUACAUCAGUGUUUUUGCUGGAGAUGUCUCUCUUUAAAAUCUGUAAAAUAAAAUUUAACAGCUUUAAAAUCUGCCGUAAGGAUAUUCUAAAAUUUUGCAUAUUUAUGUUUUUGUUGAUUUUCAAUGUCGCGCGAUUUAGGAGAAGGUUCUGUUAUCUUUCCUGAAAUAAGUUACUUGUAAACACGACUGUACAAAAAGUUCACUUUUUUGUGUUUUGAGGAAUGACGAAGCUCUUCGUUCAUAAAACGGCCAGACUUGUGGGGUCUUUGAACAACUGUUUCUUAGAAAACAGACGUUUCUACUCUAUGCACUUUCCUGGUUGCGUUAUUUUGAACGCCAAUAAUAACCCCCCGUGUUAAUAUAACUGAGUUAUGUCUUCCUCUGUUGCGGAAUAUGUGUACAAAAUACUUGUAGCAAAAAGGGUCUUAAGAAUCAGAAGAUUCAGGCUCCCUGUAUGUGGUAAAUUAAUAAGGAAUAGACGAGAAUUUACAGGGAAAAAUUUAACAGCUGGUGGAAAUUGUUUACGCUGUAAUAAAAAUGCACAGUUCAGUAAAAUUUUUUCCGGAUUUUUGCUGGAUAGAUACAAAGCAAAGCAACUAUAAACAUAGUGUAUUUUCUUUUCACAUGACGAGUUUGAGAUCAGCGUUAGUCUAGGAAGCAUCUUUCUCACAAGUUCUAUUCAUUUGUUAACAUUUUAAGUAAAAAGGAAGCAUUUGCUGUCAGGAGAUCAUUCUUGCAUGAAAUAAGAGUCAAUAGGGCUUGUGAGUGUUCCUUGAACCUUGAAAACAAUACGCGAAUUUUGUGUAAUUAAUGGUUUUUAAGUCACCAUUAAACAACAGAAAUGUAGUUAAGUUAUCUAGCUCUUUUUGUUCACUAUGUGUAUCAUUAGAUCAUAACUUUGCAUUUGUGACUUGUAACAAUUUUUCGUUUUUAAAGUUCACUGAUCCAAACUGUCCUUGAGUCUGUCACUGUUUUUAUCUCAUUUAAAAUGCAAGGCUGGACAGUUCACCUUUAUGAAUAUUUUAUUGGCUGUGAAUAUUUCUUUAUUAUGGAAAGAGCAAGACAUUUUAUCAUUUUUUCUUUUCGUUUUUCAGGUGAUUAUAAAUAUUGAAAGAAAUAAUAUCUUUGUUUAUUCACAACUGUUUCAUUCAUGUUGUUUGUAAUAAUUUUGCUUGGAAAAACAUCUGUUAUAUUGUUUUCUUUUUUGAACCAGCAACCACAUAUGUUAAAUAGCCAGUAAAGUAAUUACAUUUAUGUAAAUUCAACUCAUUUACCAAUCAAUUUAUUUAUUAAGAAAUUUUGUACAUGUUAUAGAAGUUCCUGCUUGUUCACAACCUACUGACAAAGAUUGAUCAGCAAAUGUUGUACAUUCUCAUCAUUAAGUCACUAAAAAGAUUCAUGUGUUUCGGGCUAGCUAAUUGGUAAAUAAAUUCAACCAUCUUUCCUUGGAUGAUUCUGAACUAUAUUCAUCAGUCAGAUGCUGUAUUUUCCUUUUAUUUGCUUGCUGUUCACGUCUUAUAGCGGUCUCCAUAGUUUGAUAUGGGACUUUGUUCUAUUUGUUCUCUUUAUUUGCUGCACAAUUACCAACUGCAUGCAUAAGUAUAAUAGAUUUGUGUUGUCAGCUUUUUUCUUAUCAUUUAUUACAACAUAAUGGGAUGAAUUUCCCUAAUUUGGCCUUUAUCUCAUCAUUUUUAAACUAAAUACAUUCUGAGAGCCUGUUGGUCUCAGGAAUGGAGAAAUGUCAUAAUUUGAGAAUUAAGUGGUUUUUCUAUCUUUGAGAUAAUUCACUAACACCAUGUUAUUAAUAGACUCUCUUUGGUUUUAAUGAUUGAAUAUGACGAUGUAUGAUUUAAAUUGCUCAACAAAUCUGUUUGUUAUGCUUGUCUUUUUUCGUCUUGCUUUUUCAGUGAGAAAGGAUCAGACAAAAGAACACUUGAAAAUGUCACACUUAAAUCAAACUCUUAGAUAGUAAAGAAGUGCUUAUCUUUGUGGUGUAAUUUGCACUUAUUAUAGUGCUUCCUUUUCAUGAGCUGUUCAUGGACCAAUUUUUGAGUAUGUAAUUUUAAUAAUAACCUGAUGCCUUUGAUGAAGUACAAAUUGUUUUUGUCAUUGCAUGUCUUAAAGAUCUGUUAUUAUCAUGGGGAUUGAAAGUAAUGGCUAUUUGGCAAAUCUGAAAAUUGAUGAGUUUUUUUGAAAAUCCCUCAAAUUCUCCAAAUUAAGUUAAUGUUCACUGUUCAGUACUAUGGGCCAGGUUGCAGCAGAGUGAAUUCAAAUGUUUUCAAAUUUUCACAAAUUGGCAAAAAUGUAGCAUUGUCCAAAUUUUGGUGACAUCACAGUCAUGCAUCCUUUGAUCAAAACUUUAGUGAUUACCAUCUACAUAGAUCACAAACACAUCUCUAGGUAAAGAAAAAAUAUUGCACAAAUUACUAUGCGAAAAUGGAUCUUUUUUUCCUACUUAUCUUUUGCAUUUUGGUUACCAGCUGUGCAGCAUGAGCAUGAACAAUUUUUUUUUAUCCUGCCAUUGUUGGUGCCAAACAAGACUGGCAGACCAAAGUAUUAUUGUUUCCCACUGGAAUUUUAUUCAGGCAUGACUUACUUCACAAGACAGCUAAAUGGUUGAAAAAGGUGACUGUUUGUUGUGCCAAAUUUGGAAGCCCCAGAAGCAGGAAAUCAGCUCCUUUUAAGAUUUACAAAAUUUUUGCAAUCCACAAAAUUUGCACCUAUUUUAUGCUACUUGUGGACAGAAUUUUCAUGGAAACAAACAAAAAAUACUCUUGUGUGACCCAGCUCUAAGUUCUGAGGGAGAUGGUCAUUCAGUAAUACAGAGGCAAUUAAUAUUAAAACAAAGUCAAACUACUUCCCUUGAUUAAACAAGAUAGCAAAGAUUUGAAAGGCAAAAGGAAUUGUUUUUGAUUUUGAGGAUACAUUAUUCAUGAAUAUUUUUCAUAAAAUGUGAUUUGGCAGCACAUAUUUAUGUACACAAUUGUGUAGGUUUGUUCUUAAUGCAUGGUAAUUCCUGGUAAUAGACUAAUAGGGAUUUGCUGCUAGAUUGGGAUUUGCAGUGAAAAAGGUGUAGUGUUAUUUCCAAAAGUGACUAAGAUGGGGUCUAUAAUUGGCCACUGAUAAUGGGGUUGGGGCUCUGAGAGGCCAGAGGCACAAACCCAGCAAAAAUUAACUCUGGGGUUCAGAGGCAAAGAAAUGGGAUGGAGGUAACCUUAGUUUUCAAGUGUCAAUACUGUAUUUUACACUUAAAAGCUAGUAGUUUUCUUCUAUACAAUAAAUUUUUUAAGGAUUUUUGCUUUUACACCUAUUUGUUCAUGCUGCUUUUGAUCUGGAUAACAUACUUUUAACAUUAUUUUCUGUUUCUAGUUAUGGUGACAUGGUACCUGAAACUACUCCUGGAAAGAUUGUGGGUAGCCUGUGUUCACUCAGUGGUGUUCUUGUGAUUGCCCUGCCUGUUCCAGUGAUUGUGUCUAAUUUUAGUAGAAUUUACUUGCAAAACCAAAGAGCAGAUAAAAGGAAAGCUCACAAGGUAACAAAUAGAUUUGUUAUGCUCUUUCAUAAAGAAAAUUAUAAUUUAGAACUGUGCACAAUAUUAAGCUGACCUGUAAUGAGAAAAAAGAAAGACAUCAGUUAGGGGUGAAUUCAAUGCCAAAUUCUCCAUACAAAACAUCAUGAGAAUUGUAUGGCAGACAGUAAGGAGAAUUACUAAUGAGAUUUUGAGAGUGAAAGGAUUACAUCAUGCCAAGUGUUUGUUACCAGACUAAUCAGAGAAAAACAUUUGGUAUUUUGUUGCAUGAGUAUGUAUUCAGAUGUCAACUUUUUUUUUUUUUUUUUUUUUUUCAGAAAGCACGUGUGUCCAUUUCCAAGACAAUGGCUGGUACUGCUUUGGUCUCCCCACCUGAUAAAGAAAAUGUUCCUCUGGCAAGUCAAGCAUUUGAACAAUUUUGGUUGAUUCUAACUCUUACUCAUAAUAUUUUAACCCUUUAACUCCCAUGAGUGACCAAGACAGAAUUUCUCCCCACAAUAUCAAUACAAUAUCAGGCAGACAAGUGAUGAGAAAAAAGAAAAAUAUCAAUUAAGGGAUUAUAAAUUGAUCAAAUACCAGAUUCUCAAAAUUGACACCACAAGAACUGUAUGACAGACAGUGAGGAGAAUUACUACAGAGAUCUUGGGAGUUAAAGGGUUAAUUUUUUGUUUUGAUUUUGGAAAAAUGUCCUCAUGAGGUGACCCUUCUAGUGAAUGUUGUUUUCAUCAGAUGUGUGGUCUUUUUUUGAGUUACCUAUUUACUGCAUUUAAUGCCACAACAUUUAUUUAAUGUUAUGUGUAACCCCCACAAGAUUUAAUUAAGGGUAGCAUUUAUGUACAAAUUAAAUUUUUAACCAAAAUCAUCAUGGAUAAUAACAGUAGUAAUUAUUAAUUAGCAGUAAUUAAUAACAGCAGUAAUUAUUAUAUAAACUAGAGAUGUACGUCAAGUUUCAUUGUCUUCCCAUUGAAAUUCCAAGAAAUAUUAUUAGUUUUAACAUACUUUUUGUUUCAAACAUUUUUUUUCAUAAUCCUCAGAUAAAUGUUUUGGCUUCUAAUGGUUGGGUGUGGUGUUUGUUCAUAGCUUUACCUUUAUCUGCGGCGUGUAAUUUAGGGGUUGGGCAAUUAUUCAAGGAUUCAUUAUUUUCAGGGCUGUGUUGGGAGUUUUGGCCAUUUAUGGAUUGGCUUUGUGGUAAUUGCAUCAAAACUCUUUGGUGUUAUGGUUUUUUUUUUCUGUUAUGGUUUGCACUUUUUUCUCUUUUUUUUCGUUUUUGGUUUUUGGUAAAAAAGUUAUGAGUGGGUGUUUGAAUUUGGUUACUAGUCUCUGUUUGGCAAUUAUGCACCACAACUGUGCAAACACGCUGUGGAAAUAUUUUUUUCCUGAAUAUAUAAAUAUUAGAAGCUCUGUUCAAUGAAACUACAAGUAUAAUUAUAAACUAAUUUAGCCUCUUCUUAAAGCUUUACCAUCUCUUAAUCCAUAAUAAACCAUUUUAUUUAAUCAUUUCACUGUUUAUUUUGCUUAGGGUGCUGGCCUAGAGUUGACACAAAUUCCAGUUAGCAAUAAAGAGAAAAACUAUCUUGAUGAACAGCAUACUCAUCUACUUCAGUGCCUGGAAAAGGCUACGGUAUGUAGUUAUAAGCCAGUGAACCCUUUACACCAUAGCAGCAGUAUUCUAUAUAUAGUAUCUAUACUUCCUUUGGUACUGACAAGCAGAAUUUGUUUCAUGAUCAAAGCCUCUUUUGUUUGUGAUCUUUCCUUUAGACCAACUCAUGAUCUUAAUGAAUGGUUCAGCAGUUUUCCUGCAAGAAAAAAUUAGAUGUUGGUUACUCCUAGUUUUUAAAGGGUCAAAAUAGUGGUAGUAGUAUCACAUAAAACUUCAACAGUGAAAAGUUCCCUAGAGCCUUCUCUUCAUUUAAAGAAGUUAUGUCUAAAGUUAGGAAAUUAUCGCAUGAGCUUCAGUUGCAUAGUCUCUGAAGGACUUUCACAGAUUUCCAACACUUAUUCGCUCCCCCAAACUAAUUUUAUGCUACCCUUGGUUAGUUUCUCCAAGAAUAAUGAUUCACAUCCCUACACAUGUAUUUUUCUUUCUUCGCUUGGUUGAUUAAAAGAGAAUUUUAAAAAUUAAAUCAUUAGCCAAAAAAAGAAAAAAAGAUUUUAUCAGUCAAACAACAUUGUUGGAUAGGAAAGGGUUGAGAGUUUUGAAAAGGGAAUCAUAGGUACAGCUGUUAUAAUUGUUUCUGUCCCUGCUGUUAUUCCACACUCUCUGUAGAAAUCUCUAUAUCCAAGAUAAUCUCACUAUUUUGAUUGUGUGGCUCUAUUCGUUAAAGUAGUUGAAUGUUCGGACAAAAAUUAUGUUCAUUAUUUCAAAGCUUCAACAUCCCCCACCCUUACUGUGCAACGUCCCAUGCAUUUGAACUUUUGAAGAUCCCUCUGUUCAAAUUUUCAGCGGUGUGGGUUAAAAUUGCGUUCAAAUGCCCUACCCAAGUACAAGUGCUAGUCAAUUUUUUUCAAAAGGCAAAAUUGGCAACCCUGAAUUUCUACUCACUGACCAAGCUUUAAAACCUAGACUAGCUGUGUAGACCUUUUCUUCUGAGCAUUUUGCUCACAAAUGUGAAGUCUUAACCACAACUUUAAAGAUAAAACAAUUAUAUUCCACUGUAAAGACUUGACACUUGCAGUUCGAAUUGCCCACCCCAGCCAGGCAAGGUUCAAGAACACUGCUUCCCAGGCACCUGUGACAGUCAAAUUCUUGUGGGUUGCUUGGGGAGGUGGGGUAAUGUUGAAGCUUUCAAUUGAUUGGCACAUUGUAAAAUCAACAAUGUUCUUUACUUUUUUGGCUGGUGUUUUUCAGGCACGGCAAUUUGUUGAAAUGGAGUACUCAUACAAAGGAGAACCAGUGAGGAAGACUCCCAAGUUGUCAUCUCCUAUUUGUACUCCAUCUGGUUCACCGAUUUCCUCAUCUGUUUCACUAGCAGCAGUGUGUGACAAUGCCUGCUAUAACCGAAACAGCUACACAGGGAAAUGCAUGAAGCGAACAAGAUCUUUCUCAGAACCAGCACAUCAGCAUGAAAAUGCUUUUUUCCCAGAUCAUCUGGAAAUGAAUGAUGUAAAAAGCAAGAACAAAGUGAAUUCUAAACCACACAAUGAUAAACAACCAAUGAAUGUCACCACAUCAGCUAUUGUGACCCUCCCAGAUUUUGAAACUGUGGCAGUUCCAAACAAUAUUCAUGAGGGAGGUGCCAAUCGCAGAUAUGAAAAUUGCAAUAAUCGUAAAGGGUCUCAUACAGUUAUUUAAAUCAAUGCUCAUGAAGUAAAAUGAAAUUCCAAAGUGAAUUAGGUAGUGUGCAAGUUAAAUCUUGGCAAGAAGUUGUUGCUGAUCAGCUUUGUUACAUAUGAUGAAUGAGAAGUUUUGCUCACCUUCUGGCCUUACAAUGUAUUUACUAACAAAGAGAUUCAAAAUUAUUACAAAUAUUAGUUGGAAAUUUUCUGGAUAUUUAAAAAAAAACAAUUUAUUAUCGUCUACUACAGCUGCAAAAAUUGAUAUUUAAAAAUGUUUUUUAGAGUGGUGUUUUAGUGCCACAAAAUUCAGUGGCAGCUUUAAACGAUUGGUCCAUCUUUUUCAAAUGGAAAGUUUUGGUGACCUUUUUACCAAAUUCAACAAAGUGUCAUUUAAACCAGAAUGUGCAGUGCACAGUUCUUGCUAUGGGCGCACAGUCGUCAAUGAUAUUUAAACAAAAGUUGAAUUCUGAAGACAUAUUUUCUACAAAGUCAGCGGAUUAUGAGACUAUUUAUAAGUACAGAUAAUCAAGAUUGAAAAGGAUCACAGACUGACCCGGCUUCACCCAACCUUGUAUGACUGAGUUACAGAACACUUCAACUGAUAAGUGGAAACAUAUUGCAUCUGCUAAAGGAAAUAGUUGUGGUGUAGGUCAAGGAGAUACCAAUGUGACAAGCACAGAAACAUAAGCAAUCAUAUGGAUCUAAUAGGACCUGAUUGUCUUAUGUACCAAUUUUUGGAUAUACAAUUCUUGUGUCAUCAGGACUGUUGAUCUUUCCGUCCAGUCAGGAAACUAUGAAUGUUAGUUCUGAAGUAGAGUUGACUCUAGUGGAACAAGCUUGUACAACCAGCUGGCAGCUGUUCUCAGGGUCAGUAGUUCAGAAGAAUGUGGCAUAGGUACAAAUGGAGUGGAAAGGAGAUACCUAGUUUCUCUGUUUAAUUGUCAUUAUGAGCUGAUUAUUGCACAAGGAACCUCAUCAGCUGCAUACAUGGCAGGCUGCUCACAAGACAAAAUGCAAUGUUACAGAUCAAGGCUAGACAGAUGCCUUUUACAUUUAGCCUUCAAGGCAAGUUACUCUGUAACUGCUAUACAAGAUGGCAAAAGUGGUGAAUUUCUCAAAUUUGUCAGAGAAUUGAAGUGAAAAGACCAAUGGCUGAAGUUUCAAAAUUUGAUCACCUUGGUGUUCUUAACUUAAGACCUGGAAACUUGAGGACUUCUUCAUUGUAAUCUCUUUGCAAUUUAGGCAUGUACCAAUAGGCUUCAGUAGUCCAAUGACCAUGCACUUGCAGAUAGGAAAUAAAGAUUUGCCAUCUUCAAUUGAGAGACAUGAAAGACUGAGGGCAUGCAUGUUGCAGUAACAAAAGGAUGAAAUUAAUCAUAUUUAUAUGUCAAGGUACUUCCAGUAGCUGUUUAAUUUCCUGUCUUGCUUUAGACAAAGCAUGGCAGAGCUCUUUAUUUUUGCUCUUUUCCUUUUUAGCAUGUAAUUAAAUUACUUAUGGGGUACUCUGCUAAUAUGCAAGGGGCUGUAUGUAAAUCAAUUUUUUAAGUUGCAUAAAGUGCAUAUUUUGUGGUGAUCAUUUUCAUUUUUUUUUCUUUUUCUUUUAAUCACAUUCAUGCAGUCAUUUUAUGAGUCCAGUCUACUUUUAGUCUUGAUUCGUGGGUAUUAUUAUAAUAUUCUGGUGAAUACAGCUGUUUAAGUGCUCUGAUGAGAUAAGGGUAUUGGAUAUUUAUCAUCAGGGAACAAUUGAUUAAUUUUUGAGAAAUAAUUUGCAGUCCCCAUUGAGAGAUUUUACUUUUGUAAAGAACAGAGGAAUGGAGUUAACCCUUAAACUCUCAAGAUCUGAUUUUUGAUUCUCACUUUUAGCUGCUACACAUUUCCUCAUGCAUAAGUAACAAGAAUUUGGGGUUAGAUCAGGAUAUCAACUUCUACCUGAUAAGUUUGAGUAUUCUCAUUAUCUGUUUGCUGGAUGAUGUAUAGAUAUUAUACAGAGAAGCUACAUGUUAAUCGCUUCUGGGAGUUGAAGGGUUAAACAUGGGUGAUGCGAGGCAUGAGGGAAUAUUUACUGCUACUUGUCUCACAAUAUUGUCCCAAUGUUGUGAGAAAAGUUGCUCUAUUGCUAUUUCUUUAGAGUCUCCUUUAAGUUGUUGGUGCUUUUGAAUUUAUAGAAAGUAUUUAUUUAUUUAUCUAUUUAUUGUAUACAUGUUAUUUCGUGGCUGUAAGCAUCUUCUUUUUCUCCUUGGAGAUCUUACUUUCUAUGAAAUGUCAUCCUAUGUUAAGGCGUUAUUUAAGCUAUUUUUAAUUAUUGCUGAAAUUUCACAAAUUGAUUUCUUUUCUGUUUUGGGUUGAUUCCUAAAAUGUCUGCAAACAGGUUUUGCAUUAAGUAAAUUUGUUAUUAGUGCAGAAGUUGUUAUUUUAGUGAUCAUUGUAUAUAAGAACAAAUGUUAGCCUGUGGGUUUUGGUAUGUUUUGCAUUGUAAAAAUAGAUAUAACUGUUGGAAUGGGUAGAAAUUAGUGGGGAAAUUACACCUUGAAAUUUUGCUUUAAGCAGAAGUUGGUUCUCAAGAUAAGCUUCUUCAAUGAAUGGAAAGGUGUACAGUGUCUACUGACAAUUACUAAUCUGUAAAGUAAACUGUCAAAUAAGGUAUUUGUGUUAUUUAGGGAAGAUUUGUGAAGUCAGCUCUUCUUUUUUCAGUGAAACUUGCACUUCUGUUUUGGGUUAUUGGAAUAUCUUGAUUUAGCCAUAAAUUCAGGCUUUUCAUUCUUAUCUGUAUAUAUUGCAGAGCUUAACCCCUAGAGUUACCACAAAGUGAUGUAAAUUGGUCAAAAUAUGAGAUUUAACUCACAGCGGCAAACAUAAUUAAGUUCUCUUUUGUUGCUCAAUAUAUAUUUAUAUAUUUAUAUACAAUAUGUAGUUAAAAUAAGUUUAUGCAUGGUCACCAGUUUAACAAUAGUCCCAGAGUUAUAUGAUUUUACAAUGUGAAAGUAUUAUUUAAGUUUUCUCAUUUGCAGCAUUUGUUCAUAGGUAAUAUUUAUUUCAGGAAUUGAGCAAAAUGUACCUUGAC